AUGACCGGGGCAUUGUUCAAAAACGUCGCCAGCCGGCUCAUACGGCGUAACGCGGCGGCAGACCGGACCGGGCUUGCACUAUUCGACGUCAGGCGAUUGCAAUCGAGGCCUUAUUUCCGAUUGAAUCAGCUUUUCGGGAGAGCAAAGGAAACAAGAAUCUCACACUCCUCGGGCUUCUGUUCAUCGUCUUCUACUUCUUCUUCCUCGUUUGCGUCGGUGAGAUUCGUCGGAUGGUAUCUCGGUAUGGUGAAAUCACGCCCGGUUUUCACCAAAAGUGUCACUUGCUCGCUUAUUUACAUUGCCGCCGAUAUGUCUUCUCAGACGAUUUCGAAAACUUCUUCAGAGUCGUACGACUUGGUGAGAACAGCAAGAAUGGCAGGGUAUGGUCUGUUUGUCUUAGGUCCAACGCUUCACUACUGGUUCAAUUUCAUGUCAAGACUCUUUCCGAAACGAGAUUUGAUCACAACGUUUAAGAAAAUGGCCAUGGGACAGACGAUCUACGGACCUACCAUGACCGUGAUUUUCUUCUCCUUGAACGCAUCCCUUCGGAAUUAA